AUGCCCAAAAACAAAGAUAACAUCAAUUACUAUCAAGUUGCAAUUUGUGGAGAUGGUGGAGUCGGAAAAACAAGUGUGACCAUUCAAUAUUCACAAAACAAAUUCGAAGGAGAAGAUGUCUAUGACCCAACCAUUGAAAGUAGUUUUGUGGUACGGAGACAAUACGAAGAUAUUAGUUUGGAAAUGGAAAUUGUGGAUACAGCCGGACAAGAUGAUUACAAAGCCCUUCGAUUCAAUUACAUGAAUUCAUGCUACGGUUUCAUUUUCGUAUUCGACGUGACCAAAGCAGAAGAAAGCAUUCUGAGUCUAGUUCCCUACGUCGAACAAAUUCGAUCGAUCAAAGCAGACAAAUAUCAACCCGUAUCCUCCUUAAAUAAUUUGGACUUUCCAUGCAUUCUUCUCGGAAAUAAGUGUGACUUGGUCAACCACAUUCCAGAAAAAACCAUUCAACAAAUCAUUCAAUCCACACUCAAAUUAGAAUGUCCAGUUUACUACGUUUCUGCAAAAACUCGAAAAAACAUUGAGGAAGCAUUCGAACAAUUCACACGAGUGUUACGUGUGUUUGAAACUUUUCAGAAAAAUCCAGAAUGGAAAUAUCCUGCACAUGGUAAAUCCUCAACCUCACGUCUUGGAAGUACUUUGAGUUCUCAUUCGGCGAGACGAUCAUCGACGAAAAGUAGUAAGAGUGGAGGGAAGAGAGGAUUAUUGAGAGAGAUGAUAUCGCAAAAUUCUACAAUUGAGAGAAGGAGUAGAAUGACUUUCCAACAUUUAUUUCCUCAUCAAAAUAACAUGAUGAUGAAUUCAUCAUCCAAUCAAGAAGAUAAUUCUCCGUUAUCUUUUAAUACUCAUUCAUCAAGCAGCAGCAGUAUUGCAAUGAAUUCAACUUGCGGAAUUGUAGCCUUUGUAUCCAAGAAGGAACCUGCGCGAGAUAUUCUCAUGGAUGGUCUCUCCAUCUUGCAGAAUAGAGGCUAUGAUAGUGCAGGUAUUGCAACCAUGAGACCCGAUCCCAACAGCAAGGAUCAACAAUCGUACUCGUUCCAUACCACGAAAUAUGCAAGUUCUCAAACCACAAGCGAUGCCUUGAAGAGGCUUCGUGAAACUCUUCAUACUCAUGGCUCGGACACGAUUGGUAUUGCUCACACACGAUGGGCUACUCACGGAGCGAAAACCGAUAUCAAUGCUCAUCCUCAUAUGGAUCAAUCGGGACGAGUGAUUCUAGUGCAUAAUGGUGUGAUUGAAAAUUCGGGAGAAUUGAAAAAAGAGCUCAUUGAAAAGCAUGGAAUUAAAUUUAAGAGUGAGACCGAUACGGAAGUGAUUGUUCAGCUUAUUGGAGUUUAUUUGGAUGAAAUGCUUAAGGAAGGAGUUAAGACCGAUGUGGUCGAGAAGGCAGUUCUCAAAGCAACCAAACAUUUGGAAGGAACUUGGGGUUUAGUGAUCAUGUCGACUGUGGAACCAGAUCGUUUAGUGGUUGCUCGUAAUGGUUCUCCACUUUUGGUCGGUGUCUCACAAGGUAAAAUGUUUGUUGCCAGUGAGAGUUCUGCAUUCGCUCUCUACACUCGAGAAAUGAUAAGUUUGGAAAAUAAUGAAAUUGCUGUCAUUACAGCAGAUGGUGUCACAUUGCCAUACGAAAGAAAAAUUGUUGUGGAAGAGGAAAAGAUUGAAAAAUCACCUCAUCCUCAUGCUCACUGGACCAUUCGUGAAAUUUUGGAACAACCAGAAGCAAUUUCAAGAUCUUUGAACUUUGGUGGAAGAAUUAGUGACGACAGUCAUGUCAAAUUGGGAGGUUUGGAUGACAAUCGAGAAUGGCUUUCUGGAAUUGAGCAUUUGGUCAUUGCCGCAUGUGGAACAAGUUAUUAUGCAAGCUUGUAUGGAGCUCAAAUUUUCCGUGACUUGAAAUGUUUCAAAACCGUUCAAGUGAUUGAUGGCGCCGAGUUGGAAGAGUCACACUUUUGUCCAGAAAAUUCAGGUCUCUUGGUUCUCUCUCAAAGUGGUGAAACUGCUGACGUGUUGCGAUGCAUCUACAUUGCAGAACAAUUGAACAUUCCAAGAUUUUCAUGUGUCAAUCGUGUUGGAUCCACCAUUGCUCGAACCACCAAGUGUGGUGUGUACAUUAAUGCAGGUCGUGAGACGGCAGUAGCCUCAACAAAGGCCUUCUCAUGCCAAGUCACUGUUUUGUCCUUAAUAGGUUUGUGGUUUGCACAAAACAAGUCACCCAUCUUCCAACUUCAACACCGACAAGCUCUCAUUCAAUAUCUUCAUCGUUUGCCCACAUGUGCUGGAAUGGUUCUGAGUCGAGUGAGAGAAAAAUGUAAGGAAAUUGCAAGACACAUUUUCAACAUGAAGGGAAAUACCUUAUUCUUACUUGGAAAGGGUUACGGUGAAGCUGUGGCCUAUGAAGGUUCAUUGAAAAUUAAGGAAGUGACUUAUACACAUGCAGAGGGCUAUUCCUCAGGAGCAUUGAAACAUGGACCUUUUGCUUUGAUUGAACCUGGUACUGUGAUUUUUGUUUUCAUUCUCGAUGACAAGUAUUUCAAGAUGAAUAUGACUGCAGCUGCUGAAAUUAAAUCAAGAGGAGCCUAUACCGUUGCAAUUACUGACAUUCCAAACAAACUUUCAAAGGAGGAAGUGGAUUAUGUGAUUGAUGUUCCAUCGAAUGGAACUUUUAGUGCUCUUUUGGCCAACAUUCCACUUCAAUUGAUUGCGUACGAGUUGGCGUUGUUGCGUGGUCAUGAUCCUGAUAAGCCAAGAAAUUUGGCCAAGACUGUGACUGUUCUCUAA